UCAGAGCAAUCCCGAGAAGUAUCUACGGCUAUAUUUGUCAUCCACAAGACCAGAAGACGCUCGGCACCCACAAGGCUUGCUUGGGCGGGCAAAUCGAAGGCUUACAAACCUAGAGUAGUUAGCUGGGACAGAGUAAUGCACGUCAUCCUGAUUUGAAGCUUUCCGUUCAUCAUCUCAGUAUUGCUCUGGUGAAUGUCGAGAAUGCAAAGUGAUUUGACAUGGAUUCAGGGACCGAUGCUGG